ACAAUAGUCCAAGAUAAGCGGCGAUGGAGAAGGCUGGUGAAGGUGGCAAAAGAAAUAAAAGUCUCUAAAGCCAACAGGUAAAAAACAAACAUAUAUUUCUACUCCCUUUUGCCCUUUAUUUGUACGUUUUAAUUUUACCGAUAAAUAAUUAUUUUAUGUUUUCAUUAACAUCAGUGAGGUACGAUUAAUUUACUCUAUUGAUCAAAGAGGAAUAUAUUAAUUGUACCGUAUCAUUAAAACAAUAAAAACCAUAUCUGUCAGGAAUUAGGCAUUAUUGCUCGACAGCGAUAACAAAAAAUAUAAAAGGGUAAUUUGACGGAUCGGCCAAUUUAGGGAGAGCUACCACUGACAGAAGAAUGGUUGACGUCUUCAGGCUGCUAGCAAUUCUAUUGGCGGGAUAUGUCGUGGCAGGCCAGGUCUCAGACGUUCAACUCACUUCUGAUGCCAGUAAUGGAACUAAUAUUACUAGAGGAGAAGAAUGUAUGAGAAAAUGUGAUGGUAUUUCUAAAAACUGUUUCUUCAUAUUUGUUAUUGAAAGAUAUAUAAUUCUUGGAGGAGCUUGUCGAAACUGUAGGAAUGGUGUUAUAGAAGACUGUUUUUUACCGCAAUGUGUUACAGCUAAUGGUUUUGAAAGACCUUUCAUUAGUGUGAACAGGCAAAUCCCAGGACCAACGAUUCAGAUCUGCCAAGGUGACAGGCUGAUUGUAGAUGUUGUAAAUAAAAUGCCAGAUGAAACCACAACUAUUCAUUGGCACGGUUUCACUCAAAAUGGUAGCCAGUACUAUGAUGGUGUUCCCUUUGUUACUCAGUGUCCAAUCCUACCAGGGACUACCUUUAGAUAUAAUUUCGUGGCCGAUACAGCAGGAACAUAUUUUUAUCACUCACAUAUUGCUGUACAAAAACUAGAUGGACUUGAAGGAGCUCUUAUAGUCAGAGAGAAAGAAAUAGAAGAUCCACUCUCUUCUUUAUACGAUGAAGAUCUUCCUGAGCAUGUGGUUGUUAUUCAAGAUUGGACCAGUACACCUGCAGAACAUCUCAUUCCUGGUUACAGCAGUGGCAGAAUUUCUCAAAUGCCGAGCACAUAUUUAAUCAAUGGGCGAGCGCAGUACUAUUUAAAAAAUUCUAGCUUGAGCCUACCCUUGUCAGAAUUUAUAAUAGAAAAAGGAAAGCGGUAUAGAUUUCGAUUGGUUGGGUCUACUUGCCUAACUUGCGCUGUUGGUGUUAUAUUCCAAGGUCAUCGAGUAUUAGCUAUUUCUGCGGAUGGAGGGCUGAGAUUCAAACCUGUACCGGCUGACACCAUUGUUCUUAAUUCAGCUGAGCGUUUUGAUGUGGUUCUUGAAGCAAAUCAAACUGAAGGUUUAUAUUUUAUUCAUUUACAAAGUUUGGGAGAAAACUGCAAUCCUACACCACAUAUUGGGAUCCUUCGAUAUAAAUCAGUUGAGAAAACAGAAGAAAUUAAUUUUCCACAACCUUUGACUUACAGAGAACUUGGUGUUAUUUUUAAUGCUGUAAAUUCCACUUGUGAUGGGACUAAUACCAAUGAAAUUUGUAUCUACCAAUUGGAAGGAGUUGAAGAUGCUAUUGAAUAUAAAAAUUCAGAAAAAAAUUAUCAACAAAUUCCCCUUCCAUUUGGAAUUUAUGAAUAUAGUGAUGAAGAAUUGUUUAGGAAUGGAACAUAUCAGCGUUAUGAUGAACCUGUUGGUGGCUUGAGGAUCAAAACACUUAUUGAUAACAUUUCAUUUAUGUUUCCUUCAUCACCGUUGAUAAGCCAGUUUGAUGAUAUUCCAAAAGAUUAUUUUUGUCCUGAAAACUGUCGUGAGACAACUGUCAAGAAACCAUGUACAUGUGUCAAUGUAUAUACAAUCCCUUUUGGGACAGUGGUCGACAUGAUAAUUUAUGAUACAGGCAACAGAAAUGGUUUUGAUCACCCAUUUCAUCUCCAUGGAUAUAAUUUUUAUAUACUGGAGAUGGGUGUUUUUAAGGAAAGUGGUGAGAAUAAGACUGCAGAACUCGCUUCCUUGAGCCAGAAAUUAGAAGAAGGUAACAUAAAUCUCAAGUUGAGACCAAUGAGAGACACUAUAAGUGUUCCAGCAAGGGGUUAUGUUCUAGCAAGAUUUAUCGCUAAUAAUCCAGGUUUCUGGCUCCUUCACUGUCAUUUUGCCUUUCAUCUGGAAGUAGGGAUGGCUGCUGUUUUCAAAGUAGGAGAGAAAAGACAGCUUCCAUCUGUGCCAUAUAAGUUUCCACAAUGUGGAAAUUUCUGAAUCUUGAUUUAGGAGAGGUUACUUAAUUUUAACGGAAAUAAUACAAAUACAAUUAAUACCGAUUUAUUAUUGAAAUGAAAAACUAAUCAAUGGACAUAUGUCUGUCUAAAACAGGACUACAUUUUUUUUUAUUACUUGUGUCAACUCUUAAAUAACAGAUUGAACAUGACAUUAAAAUAAAUAUGAAAAGAAAAGAACAGAAAAGCAGAUAAUACAAAACUAAUAAUUGUAUUAAACUUGUGUAAUUAAAAUUAUUAAAUUUCUGAAAAUCUAAAAAAAGUUCAAGCAGAUUUUACCAGUCUCUUGGUAGUAAACCAAAAUGGCCACUUAAUCAGUGUUUGCAAGUGCAUGUGUACAUAACACAUGAUUAUGAAGAUUGGUAACAUGGAGGAAGAAUGUUUGUCAAUGAACUGGAAGAAAAAAUAAAGUGUAGAAAGAUUUUAGUAUCGUGUUAAUAAAGAUAUUUUUAAUUGGCCAAGAAGACAAAUCUUAAAAAGCAAAAAGCUACAAUUAUAUAGAUAAUACGUUAAAAGAACUAAGAGAAUAUAUUAAGUCCUCUGUGAAGAAGGAUCAAACUAAUACAUAAAGAUAUAAAAAUUCUUUCAAUAGCUAAAAUCAAUUCUGGUUAUUUUGAAAAAAAAUUCUGCUGUGGAUACAAUUUCUAGUUUGAUUGAUUUCUGGAAUAAUACACCCUAAAUUGAAACUAGAAUAAGACUGAAUGAAUACCAAAGGAAUUGAAGAAGAUAAAUCAGAUAGUGUAUAUCAUCAGGAAGAUCAGUAUGAAGUUGAUGUACCUGAAAAUAAAACAUUUUUUUGUUGUUUGUUUUUUCUACAAAGAAGAAAAAAUUAUUUUAUCAGUAAAUACCUUACUUAUCAGUUCAUCACCUCUACAAUAUAUUGUUGGUUUAUUGCAAAAAGUAACUAACAACAGGACUUUACAGUCAGUGGAUCACAGAUUUCAACUAGUUUUUUUUUUCAGUGAUACUACAUUGAAAAAUAUUCGUCAGGUGUCCCCAGCAUUCAUUCCAAUAGGUCCUGGAAGUCGAAAAAAAUUUAAACGGAGCUAAAGCUUAAAGGUUACAGAUAAAAAGUCAUUAAGACCAUUAUAAUUACAAAAUGUCUAUUUAAUAUAUCGAUGACAGGCAAUAAAAAUCUAGUCACUCCAUCUGCUUUUAUAAACCACACAACUUUCUUUGCUUUUAUAAACCACAGAAUGACUAACUCCAAUUUCAACAUUUUUGAGUGAUGUCAUUUUAGUGAUAAGUUUAGUUGAAAAAGUUAUCUAUGCAGACAAUAAGUAAGUUGAUUCCAGAGGUGGUGAUUGCAGUGUUGAAACAUAGAACUGAGAAUAAAGGUGUGAAUUUAGGUGCUUAUUUCUUAUGAAAGAUGUUCUUAGGAAAGACACUUUAUUAAAUAUCUGUAGAAAAAAGGUUUUUUUAGUCUCAACAAUUAAAAAACUAUAUUUUAAAUUUAUCCAAAU